AUGUCGUCUAUCGGCGCUGUGUAUGAUGCUGUUAGUGGACCUCUGGGCGAUGUCGCGGAAGACGAUCCGCAGGCGAUCGCUGAGAGCAAGCCGGUCUCCGCGACCGAGCAUGUAUCUCAUUCUCAGCGAAACUUGCUGGCGUACCCAAGACUCUCGAUUGACCAGGAGGCUCAUGUACUCUGGGCGAGGUACUUGAAGACUGUGAACCCAGUCGCCUCGGGAAACCGGAGGAAUCCGACUACGCGCGCGCAAGGCGUUGCAUUCACUAAGACCGAGGGCGCUGCUGGCGGACGGGACGCUUCUGGCAAGGGUAACGUUAAGGCGGAGAACGAACACGUGUCUCAGCCUCGACGGACCAUGCUCUAUGCACAGGGCGCACCCGAGAAUGAGGCGCAUGAACUCUGGGCAAUGUACUUGACUGCCUUGGGCGCCUCCGGGAAGAGGGACGAAACUGACAGUGGGAAGCAGUCGAGUGCCAAGACGACCAAUCCUGCUCAUGUCGCUAGCGGUCCUGCUGCAGCUGCAGAUGACGCGGAGAACACCAAAAAGGCCAACGAAAAGGACAAGGCUGGGGCGGACACGACGUAUUAUCCAUCUUCACCUGAGGAAAAGGAUGGCGAUAGCUUCUGGAAAUCAUAUCUAGACGCCGCAGCGAUUGAGGACGAAGCACAAGUAAGCAACUGGAAACAGGCGUCCAUGAAUACUCUCACAUUUGCUGGGGUGUUCCAGACCUUCGUCGUCUCCCGCUACUUCAUCACAAGCGCGCGCUCGCUGGCAUCUGCCGACUCUAUGGCUAACGCGCUCGCCGCUGGAAUGCAACAUACCAAUGCUCUUCUUGCACAGUUGGCGACUGUUCGAUUUGAUGAUGUCUCCAACCCUACAGCGAACGUCACCAAGUCUACCGUGGAAGAUAUCAUCACUGCCAUCCCACUGCCAGAGAUACCUGCAUCUUCGCGGGCAGAGGUCGCCUCCGUAGGACUAUUCGCAGCAAGCUUUCUUCUCAUGCUCUUCAGUUCGACCGGCGCGACCAUGAUGGUUGUCUGGGCCGCGGACUUCGAGUGGGCUGUGGCGCCACCUAUUGAAGAGAUCGAGACGCUCAAGUCCCAUUCGAUCAAACAUAUCGACAAGCAUCUGGGUGCUCAGAGAUACGGACUGUAUAGAUUCCCAGUCAUCAUCAAAGUCAUCUUCCACGCAUCCCUCGUGCUCUUCCUGGCCGGGAUAGCCAUCUCUGCAGUACCAGAUAGCCACAUCCAUACUGUGAUUGCUACAACAGCUGCUGAAGUCUUUGGCCUGUUAUACAUCAUGGCUGGUGUUACGAAGUUACAGCUAUCCACGGCCCAGAAGGUACACCGCAAUGUUCUGCAGACUGCGUCCACGCGAAGCGAUACCUUCCCUCCCAACGAUGACGCGGGCUCGAUGCCACAACGAAACCCGUUCCUAGCUCAUGAUGGUUCUUCAUUCAAUACACCGGGCCUGGGUCCCGGCUGGUAUACAGAGAUGAAGGAGAGGGACCAUACAAGAACGCACGCUAAGGCUACAGAAAGCAUACCGCGGUCAUUGCGAGACGAGCUCGAAUCCUUAUGUGACCGCAUCACGGCUGAGUCCCGGAGGCAUCUUGAUGUAGACCCCCCUCCCGUCGGGCAUCGCUUCAUACCCGGUACCCUAGGAUGGACGCUCCCGAGAAGGAGCAUCGUGGAGCAGGAUUCUCUGCUUCCUGGAUCGCUCAAACUCUUGAUGAAAUUCAUGACGAAACAGCAGAAGGACAUCUUGGAGGUUAUGAUACGUGAAACCUUGCGCGAAGGGAGUGGAUCUGGGUUUGCUCCUCUCCCAAAGAUACCCCCACCCCAUGCUACGUCAGUUCCCAAGCCCACGGGAGCGUCCAAGCCGCAGGCAGGCGGAACGUCAGCGGCAGCCGAAGACUAUCCGACUAACGAGGGGAUCAGCGAGACACAUUGGUGGCGUGAAGUCAUGGCGACGUUAGCGUUAGCAGAGAAGAGCGAGGACCUUGAGAAAGGGUCGACGGAAGACUUCAUCGACGAGAAUGGUUCCCUGCCAUUGCAUAACGUUGCAAGCGCGACCUUUUCCUCUGCGGGAGACCCCGGCCCUUCGACAAUCGCAUCGAGGCUCCAGUCCUCGAAGAUGUCACAACCCGAGGGAGACUGGGAGCAGGAAGGAGACGACGGGAGAGACAACAGGUCGGAAUCCGGAGAGUCUACCAGCGUGAAGGGGAAAGGUAAAGGGAAGGCGAUAGCUCGAGAACCUCGUCGCAGAAGAACAUAUGCCUUGGAGGAGGGGUAUGGUUUGCAGUGA